UUCUCGUGCCUUCCUUCACUUUUCAAUCUCACAUCACCCACUUCUUGCAUGUGACUCUCUCUCUCUCUCUCUCUCUCUCUCUCUCUCUCUCUCUCUCUCUCUCUCUCAUAGCUUCAAAGCCAUUCAGAACAUUUGUGUUUUUUUUCCUUCUUUGAACUUCUUCGACUCCACCAUUCUCUUUCUCUUCUUCUUCUUCAUUUGCCUGAAAUGAUGCAAAUGCCUCCUCAGCAAGAAACCAACCUCGCGGUCGUCGUCAUCCCGAGCCGCAAUGAAAACAACGUCUCGGUCCACGCUGAGCCCGCCUUCCCCUCAAGCAAUGUGAGCCCAUCCCCGUGUGCCUCGCCCCCCGAUGCCGACGAACCUCCCGCUCCUGUCAAAUUCUCGUUCCUCCGCCGGUCACUAUAUCCCGUCACUCUCAAGUUUGAAGACGUUGGCUACAACAUCAAGCUUCAGACCAACAGGAGCAACUGUUGCGCCAAGAACGAGCCCAAACUGACCCGGAACGUCCUGAAUGGUGUCACUGGCAUGGCCCGGCCAGGGGAGCUGCUCGCGAUGCUUGGGCCCUCUGGGAGUGGCAAGACCACCCUCCUGACAGCUCUUGCUGGCCGGCUGCCUGGGAAGGUCACCGGCGCCAUAACCUUCAACGGCCACCCAUUCUCGAGCUCGGUCAAGCGCAAGAUCGGCUUCGUCUCACAGGAUGACGUUUUGUACCCCCACUUGACCGUCCUCGAGACGCUGACCUUUGCCGCCCUGCUGAGGCUGCCCAAAGAGCUCACCCGCCAAGAGAAGGCCGAGCAGGCUGAGAUGAUCAUAGCGGAGUUGGGCCUGGCGAGGUGCCGGACCAAUGUCGUGGGUGGGCCGCUGGUCCGUGGUGUGUCGGGUGGCGAGCGCAAGCGGGUCAGCAUCGGGCUUGAGCUGCUGGUGAACCCCAGCCUCCUGCUUCUGGAUGAGCCCACCUCGGGCCUCGACUCAACCACAGCCCAGCGGAUUGUGGCCCAGCUGCGGGCGCUGGCCCGGGGCGGGCGUACCGUGGUGACCACCAUCCACCAGCCUUCGAGCAGGUUGUACCGAAUGUUUGACAAGGUGAUCGUGCUGACGGAAGGGUGCCUGAUCUACAGUGGCAGCGCAGGCCGGGUCAUGGAGUACUUUGGGUCGCUUGGGUAUUCGCCUGGGUUCGACUUCGUCAAUCCGGCCGAUUUCCUGCUUGAUCUUGCUAAUGGUAUUAAGCCAGAUUUGAGGCAUGAUGAUCAGCAGGAAUUUCACAGCAAAUUGGAGUAUCCCGACGAGCAGAACUCCAUCAAACAGUCUCUCAUAUCAUCAUACAAAAAGAACUUGUAUCCUGCAUUGAAGGCAGAAAUUCACCAACAUUCUCGAGACCAAGAUACACAUCCGUCAAGGAAAACGUCAUCUCUCAGAAGGAAUGAGGGCUUCUGGACGACAUCCUGGUGGGAGCAAUUCAGGGUGCUGCUCAGUCGAGGUUUACGGGAAAGGAAGCAUGAGUCGUAUUCGGGUUUAAGGAUCUUCCAGGUCAUGUCGGUCUCCGUUCUCUCAGGUCUGCUUUGGUGGAAAUCUGACACUUCACAUAUACAGGAUCAGGUUGGGCUACUCUUCUUUUUCUCCAUCUUUUGGGGAUUCUUUCCUCUAUUCAACGCGAUCUUCGCAUUCCCUCUAGAGCGGCCCAUACUCAUAAAGGAGCGGUCAUCGGGCAUGUACCGUCUCUCGUCCUACUAUUUUGCUCGGAUCGCUGGAGAUCUCCCAAUGGAGCUCGUGCUCCCCACUAUCUUUGUGACGGUCACCUACUGGAUGGGCGGCCUCAAGCCAUCGCUAGGGACCUUCGUGCUGACGCUCUUGAUAAUCCUCUUCAACGUGCUCGUGUCGCAGGGGCUUGGGUUGGCUCUCGGGGCGAUCCUAAUGGACGCGAAGCAAGGCACGACGCUGGCUUCAGUCACGAUGCUCAUAUUCUUACUUGUGGGUGGGUACUACAUACAGCACAUCCCGAGCUUUAUUGCCUGGUUGAAGUACGUUUCUUUCAGUCAUUACUGCUAUAAACUGCUUGUGGGAGUGCAGUACUCCUUGAACGAAGUGUAUGAUUGUGGAGCUGGGAGGCUAUGCAGAGUCAUGGAUUUUCCGGCGAUUAGUUGCUUGGGGCUUGAUCAUUUGUGGUGGGACGUGGCAGCUUUGACCGUGAUGUUGGUGGGCUAUCGACUUUUGGCCUAUAUAGCACUGAGGGUUAGUCAACCACACUAACCGGGCGGUAACAGAGGAUUAUUGUUUUACAGGUGUAUUUGUUAAUUAAGCUACAGGAUUAUUGAUAAAGAUCAUAUUAUAUCUGACGAUCGAAGGUGAUAGACCGAUAUUGACCGUCUUAUGAUUGAAGUUGCCAUAGGUUGAAUAUGAUAAUUGUAAAUUUGAUUAUAAGGGUUUAAAGCAUAUAUCAUUCUCUAAACGUUUGAGUUCUCUGUUUUUGCUAUUUUACAACCAUGAUGAUUGAUUCGCAACUGAUUCAAUCCUAGUCCCGUAUCCACAUUGCGCGGGUGAGGGAGAUAGAUUGAUUUUGCAUAAAAAAAUCAUCUCAAGAUAUCCAUUUUGGAAAAGUUUCAAACUCAAGACUCUGUUGGAUGUUGCCCCCCUUAGGAUCAUUUCCAAAGCCAGAUAUUGACUGUUGUUACUUGAGGUGGGUGCAGAGAGAUCACAUGGGCUCAGGUGACUCGCUUGGCCCCAGUCGACCUUAAUACAGUGUUAUCAUUUUAUUCCUACGUGUAAUCUGUAAUGCAAUGGUUCAUGUAUCACGUGUUCACCAGUUUUGCUGGAAUAAGCAUCCCAAUGAUGCUUAAGCAAAGCAUCUGAUGCAACCCUGAGCCUACGGAUAACAAGUGCUCCUUCACUGAGCAACCAAUGGUUUUGGUAAAAGCCAUGGUCUUUGUCGCAGAUCGUCCAUCUACAUGUCUACUUUGAAUUUGUUAUCUGUGAAACCUUUACUUAAUAGUUAAUAUUUGGAUUGGAUUCUCUUAACAAUGAACAUGGUAUUGGGGAAAGUUUUUCUUUCUUUGCAUUGACAUGUUCUUGAUGUGGGUUUUCUUAUCGAUUUUCUUUCCAUCCUAGUUGCUAGCAAUUCUUAUCUCACCUUAUUUUCUAGUUUGUACGAGAAAGAGGACAACGCUGUUGUAUUUUCCUCCAGGGGCAAUGUUCACAUUGAUUCCGACGAGGUAGUCACCUCCAAGUAGUAUCUCAACAGUUGGUAGCUUUUGCGCUACAUUCCGCUCCAUUCAAGGACAUCAUAUACGGUUUGAGCUUCAAAAAUCAAUCCAUAUCGGUGACACCUACCGUAAGUGUAUAUAAAGGAGGUUAUGUGCCUCCGCUUGGCAACAAGAGAAGCAUUAACAAAAGAAAACUGCGUAGUUCAGUGCCAGUAGUUUCGAAGACGAUGGCAUCAGUGAAGGCUGAGAAAACAGUGGGCACUCAACUUUUCGGGCAGGUAAAGAAGGAGCCGGCCAAGGUAGAUGGACCGUCGAAGAGCUCUUCCAAGAGCUCUUCCAAGUCAUCUGGUUCGAAGAAGGCUUCACCAAAGCCUCAAGAACCUAAGAAGAAGGGGAAAGGAGGAAAAGCAGCAGCGAAGCACUGAUCCUUUUGCAAGAACACUAUGAAGAAUUAAGUUGAUGUUUUUGCUUUUUAUGUUGCGUGAACCACGUGUUGUGACGGCGUGAUCGGUGGUUUUCUGUGUUUCAUAUUGUGAUAUGGCUUGUUGGAAAUAACAAUUGAACUCGACAACUUAUUAGUA